GUUUGACGGAGAAACUGCUUUUCUGGGGUUGAAUUCUUCUACUUUCAAUUUUUUUAAUCAGAAAAAAAAAUAAAAAAUUCUCCGAAUCAAAGACAUAAACGUGCUGAGCUGUUACCCUUUAUGUUACCCACUUUUUCCAUUUAGUUUUUUGAAACCCCGUUUUGUUGUAAGUUUUGGACACAUCCAAACAGGUCAUAACAUAAUCAUAAUCAUAAACAUAACAUAGUGUUCUUUCUUUUCUCUCUUAGAAAUAUAAGCAAACAGUUUCACUACGUAUAGAUUUGUUCCGAAUGUCACAAUUGUUUUUCGACGCAUUGCUUUGCUUUCUUCCUCCACGCGUCUCUCACCGUCAUCAUUUCUCGUUUUCAUCUCAUUUUCUGACAAUGAGAUCAAACUUGUAGUUCUUCUUCAUUUUUUUUUUUCUAACACCAAAAAAAACCCAGAAAAAAAAUUGCGUGAUUUACGAGAUCAGAGACAAAAAUGGCACCUUUGUUCAAUUGGGGUGUGAAAGAAAGUCACAAAGGAACACCAGUGGUUGUUAAAAUGGAGAAUCCAAAUUGGGACAUUGAUGAACUUGAAGGUCCUUCAGAAGAAGAUUUACUUUUAACAACAAAAUCUUCUUCAAGAGACAAAGGAAAAGGCAAAAACGCUAAACAACUCACAUGGGUUCUUCUCCUUAAAGCUCAUAGAGCUGCUGGUUGCUUAGCUCAAAUUGCUCCUGCAUUGUUUGGUUUAGUUUCCGCCGUCAAACGCCGCGUUGCUUCUGGUAGAACCGACGCGGAUAUCGACGGUGGUGGUAGGGAAAAAGAGAACCCUACAGUGAAAAGUAGGUUCUAUACAUUCAUCAAGGUGUUUCUAUGUUUGUCGGUGUUUUUGUUGUGUUUUGAGGUUGUUGCUUAUUUUAAAGGUUGGCAUUUUAGUGCUCCACAUCUUGAAUUGUGGGCACCGACAUUUGGUGUUAGAGAUGUUUUUGAUUGGUUUUAUGCUAGAUGGGUUUUAAUUCGUGUUGGGUAUCUUGCUCCUCCUUUGCAAUUUCUCACAAAUGCUUGUAUUGUGCUCUUUCUUAUUCAGAGUAUAGAUAGAUUGGUUCUUUGUUUAGGUUGUUUUUGGAUCAAGUUUAAGAAAAUUAAACCUGUUCCAAAAGGUGGUGAUGUUUCAGAUCUUGAAUCUGGUGAUAAGGGUUUCUUCCCUAUGGUUCUUGUUCAGAUCCCCAUGUGCAAUGAGAAAGAGGUUUAUCAGCAAUCUAUUGCAGCAGUGUGUAAUUUGGAUUGGCCAAAAUCCAAUUUUUUGAUUCAAGUUCUGGAUGAUUCUGAUGACCCAAUUACACAAUCAUUGAUUAAGGAGGAGGUUCAUAAAUGGCAAGAAGAAGGUGCCAACAUUUUGUACCGACACCGUGUGAUUAGAGAUGGGUACAAAGCUGGUAAUCUGAAAUCAGCCAUGAACUGUAGCUAUGUGAAAGAUUAUGAAUUUGUUACAAUUUUCGAUGCCGAUUUUCAGCCUACUCCUGAUUUUCUUAAGAAAACUGUUCCUCAUUUUAAGGAUAAUGACGAAUUAGGACUUGUGCAAGCUAGAUGGUCUUUUGUGAACAAGGAUGAGAACCUUUUAACAAGGUUGCAGAAUAUUAAUCUGUGUUUCCAUUUUGAAGUGGAACAACAAGUGAAUAGUGUUUUCCUUAAUUUCUUUGGGUUCAAUGGUACUGCUGGAGUUUGGAGAAUAAAGGCUUUGGAAGAAGCUGGUGGUUGGUUGGAGAGGACCACUGUGGAGGAUAUGGACAUUGCUGUUCGAGCUCAUCUUCAUGGAUGGAAAUUCAUUUUCCUAAAUGAUGUUGAGUGCCAAUGUGAGUUACCUGAAUCUUAUGAAGCUUACAGAAAACAGCAGCAUAGAUGGCAUUCUGGUCCAAUGCAAUUGUUUCGCCUUUGUUUGCCUGAUGUCAUAAAGGCCAAGAUAAGCAUAUGGAAGAAGUUCAACAUGAUAUUUCUCUUUUUCCUUCUCAGAAAGCUGGUGUUGCCAUUUUACUCAUUCACUCUAUUCUGUAUAAUACUUCCCAUGACAAUGUUCGUACCGGAGGCCGAGAUUCCCGCGUGGGUUGUUUGUUAUAUCCCAGCAGUCAUGUCAUUUCUCAACAUUCUUCCAGCUCCAAAAGCUUUUCCUUUCAUAGUACCGUAUCUCCUAUUUGAAAACACCAUGUCAGUUACAAAAUUCAAUGCCAUGAUCUCGGGCCUAUUCCAGCUAGGAAGUGCGUACGAAUGGGUAGUCACUAAGAAGUCCGGUCGUUCAUCGGAGGGUGAUCUAGUUUCAUUGAUCGAGAAACCAAAGCAUCAACGAGGGUCAUCAGCACCUGAUCUGGAAGAAAUGAAAGAGGAAAUCAGGAGACAAGAGGAAAAUGUGUCUACGAAGAAGAAGAAGAAGAAACAUAACAAAAUGUAUUUGAAGGAACUUGCUUUGGCUUUUUUACUUUUAACAGCUUCAGCAAGGAGUCUCCUUUCAGCUCAAGGGAUUCACUUCUACUUCUUGCUAUUCCAAGGAGUAUCUUUCUUUUUGGUUGGUCUAGACUUAAUUGGUGAACAAGUAGACUGAAAAAGGAAAAACAAAAAAAAGUAGUAAUAACUGGACUAUGUACAAUGUAGAGUUCGAUACACGAUGAAUUAUAUACAUGGAAAAAGCAAGGGUGCACCACCAAGGCUCUAUGAAUAGAAUCACUGGAGACAACAAUUUAUUUGAGGGCUUAAGAGUGUUUCUUUUGCUUGCUCAUGCUCCUCACUCCAGCUACUAAAUUCAAUUCAACUCAAUCAAUGUGAGAGUACAUUCUGUUAUUUGUCAUCAUGGAUUGAUAAAGAAGAUUUUGAGGGCUUUUUCAUUCAUUGUCUAUGUUUUACCCUUUUUUUUUUUUCUAAUUCAUUUUUGUAAUUUUACGUGGAUUCUUUUUCUUAAUGGACCAUUCUUUUUUGUAAGAAAAUUUGCGGUUCAAAACUUUUUUCUUGUCAGGAACAGGUGUAACAAUAUUGUCCUUGACCUCAUCCUGUUUGUAUUUUUUUCUCCAACGCUCUGUAUGAGGCAAUGUUGAUAGAUUACUUUACUGACUGAAAUUUAUUCAUGUCAAUUUUUUGAA